AAACAUUGAAGAAACAUUUCAAAUGCCCAAAGGUUGGGCAUCUCCCGCAAAUGCUAAAUUCGGAAAAAAGGGCGGAGGGCAAAGAAUCAAAGCGAAUGUACAAUUUUUUUUAAAUGGAAAUCUAAACCCCAAGGAUAAAAUGACAGCCAAGGAGAUGCUAACCACAAUCCAAAACUGGAUUGGUCGUUAUUCUAGGGAAUUUGAUCAACAAGAAACAGCCAUCGCACUUGAAACUUUUAAAGCUGUGAGUUCUCCGAAUGAAGAAAAUUA